AUGCGUCGUUGCGCUGCUCGAUUCGCCCCUGCGGCAGCGGCCGCUUGUGGCGGUAGCGACCUCCAAACUGUCAGCUCGUCUCUGGGCAGUGUUGCGAAGAGCUCGACGACGAGCGCGACGACCGAGUACAAGCACGUCCACACGGCAACCCGGUCGCCGUCCGAUUUCAUUCCGCCAGCGACCGAGGCCCCGGAGAGACUGCAGUCGUACGUGGAGCCGAAGCCCUUUAUCAGCCUCCGUCGCAUGCAGGUCUUCACUGUCUCACUUGGUGUCGGCGCAGCUAGCGUAGCGCUGGUGUACUUCUUCCUUAGCACAAGCAUCCGCAACCGUGUGGAGGAGGAGCAGCUUCAGGUCGACCGCAUUGUGGAACGCAACCGAAUGGCGAUGCAAGACCGCAUCUCCAUCGUGCCGAUCUUCACCGCGCCGAGCACGUACGACGAGUUGUACGCCAAGAUGGUGGAAAAGGACAAGGAGGUGGAGACGCAGCUCACCCAAGCCAAGAGCACCCUCCACACGGAGACCAUGUUCCAUGUAAAGAUGUGGUGGAACCGGUGUCUGCGCAACAUCCAGUCCGCUACAGACGCCUUCGUCGCUGCACAGCUGCGACACAAGGAGGCCCAAGCAGAGGCGAACAUCAAGGCGACUCUGCAGUACAGCGGGUAUGAGCUGGUGGGCCUCUCCAAGGUUGACGCAUAG